GUCAAAGUAUGAAGAUCAAAUCAUCAAAUAUUAGGAUAAAUAACAAACUGAUUCAUUGAUAAUAUCUAUUUCUUUUUUAAUCUCAAAGACAGUACAAUUUCGCCUUGCGCGUUAAAAUAUCAUCUAUUAUCAUAUAAUAUUAUUACUAAAUUACAGUGUCCAUCUUUAUAGAUAAGUGAAAAUGUCGGUAAAUAUACCAGAUUGCCCACCUAGUCUAAAAUCGAUUCAGCAUUACUUAAAAACUGCUGCUGAACAUGACUCCAGAGAUCCUGUUGUGGCCUAUUGGUGCAGAUUACAUGCCUUACAAGUUGGGCUUAAAGUUACAGAAAAAAAGACAUCUGAAGAAACAAAAGUUUUAAUGGCAAUAAUGGACUGGUUAGAAGAAGCCAAAAAGAUUUUUAAAGAUAAUGAAGCUAUUUCCAGUGAAGUAGUAGCUCAAGCACAUUUGGAAAACUAUGCUCUGAAAUUGUUCUUAUUUGCUGAUAAACAAGAUCAGGAACAAAACUAUGGAAAGAAUAUUGUUAAGGCAUUUUAUACAGCUGGAGUAAUCUAUGAUGUACUCACAACAUUUGGAGACUUGACAGAUGAAGCAACCCAAAAUCGCAAGUAUGCUCGAUGGAAGGCUGCUUAUAUUCACAACUGUCUCAAAAAUGGAGAGACUCCAGUCCCAGGUCCAAUGCAGUCGGAAAAUCCAGGCCAAGACGACGAGCAAUCUACUAAUGACGUCAACCAGCCUGGCACCGCUAACUCUCAGACAUUUGGUUUUACCAAUAUAACACCAGCUACUCCACCGGUACCAACUGUCCCCACGAGUUUCACCAACAGCCUGCCAGACCCCAAUGCGGCGAUGCAGGCAGCGUCGCAAUUGCCCCCGGUCCCGUACACGCCUGAUCCCAACCCGGGAGGGUUUGUCCCGUACGACCCCUCACAGCAGCCUCAGCCCGCACCGUCUAAUACGUUUUACGGCGAUAAUUCUACUAGCGUGGCGCAACUUAGUCCCGAUCAAAUAGCUAAAGCUCAGAAGUAUUGCAAGUGGGCGAGCAGUGCCCUCAAUUACGAUGACAUUAAAACGGCCAUAAUGAAUUUAAGAAAUGCCCUCGAGUUGCUCCAGACAGGCCGGGAUCCAGCUUAAAAUGCAGCGUAUGUAUAUUGUAUAAUGUUCAUGUAAUACUGAUUAUUGUUACAAAAUUCAUUUAAAGUACUAUGAAGCAAUUAUGUUUAUUUAAAUUGUAGCUACACUUGUGUAAUUAACAGAUAGUAUUAAACUCGUAACAAAAAGUAACACCAUAUUAUUUAUUACGAUAAAUUAUUCAAUUAUGGUAUCCAACUUUUUCAACAAAAUACAAUUUUUUAUUUCAUUCAGUACAAUUUAUAUAUGGAAUUAAAAUGGCUUGCUUAUAAGAAGCCAUUUUAAAUUC